AUGCAAAACGACUUUAAUACAUUGGAAAACGAGAAAUUGACUUACACUGCAGUGGACAUUCGUACGUUGGUUGCUGAAAACUCUAAGCACAAUCCAUCAAAGGAAGUGCCACUUAUGGACCAUCUAAAUAAUGAACUGCGGAUGCUUAUCGAGUUUUUAAAGCCGAGUGAUGAUGAGGUGGUGCUUAGAAGGCUCAUGGUAAAGCGGAUAAAAAAGUUGAUCCUGAGCGGACUGAGAGGAAUGCGAAGACAAAAGAUAGACAUUAGAAAGGAUUAUUAUUCCCAUGAUGUGUUCGUGCAAGAGGUAGGUGCGGUGGAUAUGGGUGAGUCAGAGAGUAGUAUGGAAAAGAAGGGAAAUACAAGAUCUGAAUUGGAGGAUGGUGGUGCGCCAAGAAGACGACAACACUCCGCUAAUGUGAUCAAGUGCAUUGGCAGCUACGCAACCGGGUUGUAUCUGCCCGGUGGUGAUAUCGAUCUGACACUUUUUACCGAAGAGGAGGAUGUGUUGGAAAAACUGUUGCACUUUCUACGCAGAAGCCCUCUAAUACUCGGUCGAAGUGUUAUUUUUCUGUCCAGAGCACGGGUACCCAUACUCAGAUUUAUGGAUGUUUGCCGUUUUAGGUACGAUUUGUCUUUGAAUCAAGAAUCAGGUGUGAUUCACACCAAACUUGUUAAGGAAAUUUUGCACGAACAACCGGCGAUCAAAGACAUGGCGCUGUUUCUGAAACAUUUUCUAAAAUGCCGGGGAUUGAACGAAAACAGGCGAGGAGGGCUGAAUUCGUACGCCCAGUUUCUGAUGAUUGCCAGUUUCCUUAACUUGCACCCGCUGGUACAAAGCCAGAUGUCGAUCAAGUCCAAUCUUUCUGUCCUUUUCAUGGACCUUUUCCAGUUCUACGGCCAGGAUUUUUGCUACGAAAAGGCAAAAAUCUGUUUGUCAGGCUAUAAAAUGAAGACCUGCAGCAAUUACCUUUCGAUAGAAGAUCCUACAGAUGGCAGUUAUGAUCCGGGCCAUCUAUCAACGAAUAUGAAUGCUAUCAGAGAGGCAUUUACGCAUGCAUAUAAGAUUAUGGAUGCUCUUGCAAAGGAAAGGGUUGGCGAUAAGUACGUUUCAAUAUCAUUAUGGAUCAAGGUCAGUGAUUAUGAGAUUGCUUGGAAAGAUAACAUGCCUAAAUUUUACAAGAAAGUGAUAAUUAAUAGAGAAAUAUGA